AUGGCCCUCCUCGCCGCCCUCCUGCUGCCCCCGACGACAGCGUGGGCUGCCACAGACCAGAUCCAGGCAUUCCAGUUCGCCCUCAACACCGCACUCCCCGUCCUCCCCGUCACAUACACCUGCCCCUCCCCGCUCGCAGUGUCCAAGACCAGCUACAGCAAUGCAAAGACUGACGAUCCCAAGGGACCAUACAGCAUGGUCGCCCUCGUCCAUGAGCUGCUGUAUGACGGUGCGGGCAUACAGUAUGAACGCGUGUACUCUGUCACCGUCGGCCUGGGACAGCUCGACAAGAUGACAGAGGUCGCUCAUCCGUGGGGCAACGGCACGCAGUUUAUCGCCUGCAUGUGGUCAGCCAACGCGGUCUCUGGCGGCUGCCAAGACUUGUUCACCGUCGUCCCCAGUGCCGACCUCACCGCCGCUGCUUACCAAAACACCUCGUCCACCUGCCGCACGCCCAACGUGCUCGAGUCGUGGGUCACCCCUGCAAACGAGACACUCGAUGUGUCAGUCACAGGCGUGUCUGGCGACCUUGCCAUCAACGCCUGGCCUCCGUCUUGCUCGGAUAUCCAGUUCACACCCAAAAACGGCACAGCCCCCUACACUCUCCUCAUCGCCCCCGCCGCACACCCUCCGCUCAACAUCACCUCCUCAGACACGUCAUCCAUCAACUAUACAGUCCAUCUCACGCACGGCCAAGCAUUCAUGGCCGCCUUGUACGACAGCGCUGGUAAUUCAUGGGCGUAUGGACCGUUACAUGCAGGGUACAGUGAUAAUGUCAAAUGUCUUGGGGUGGCUACGGGCGAAGAGGCAGAUGACCCUGCCGCAGGGUAUGGGUUGGGAGCGUUGGUGGGAGGGGUAGCGGGGGCGUUCGUCGUCGGAGCGCUCGGUGCGGGGCUACUCUUAUUCUUCCUCUUUCGCCGGCCGCGUCGACCUAAACGCUCCGAAUCCACAGAAGACCUCUACGCCAACCCCCGUCCAUACCGUACCUCCUCCCAUCACACCGCCCACUCCAACACCGCCAGCCUGUACACCAAACCCCUCCUGCCCAACGAUACACCCGAAUUCGAUACCCCUGCUACCCUGUACGAUCCGCAUAUGGCCGGGCCGGGCGGGUAUCCGCAGGGGCAUGUGAAGCGAGGUUCGGCGGGGACGGUCGGGACGCAGGGGAGGGAGAGUAUUUCGUCUGCGAGGCCUUUUCCUCGUCCGCCUUUACACCAACACUCUUCGUCGGGCGAGUAUGUCAACCCGUACACCCCAUCUCCGCCUCUCCAAGGUGGCGGAAACUACCGCGACAACAUCAUCCUUGCCGACUUUGGCGCGGGGCAAAGAAGAGGGAGUGGGUCGCCGAGGAGUACGGGUAUGGUGCGUCCUGUCGAAGGGGAAAAUAAUGGGCAGUCACAAGAAACGUCCUACAUCUCCCGCCGAUCUGCGCCGGGACCGGGCAUCUCGCCGAGAUUACCAGCAAGCCCAGGUCCAUCCUCCCACGGCCGCUUCCCCUCUGCCCCAGCACCAUCCUCCCCGAGCCCCCGAUUCGACCCAUUCAACCCUCCCACCCAACCUCUCCCGCCUACCCCGUUCCUUCAACACCAAAAUCGCUCGGGGUCGUUCCAUUCUCUUCCAGGAGCAGGGGAAAGUCCACCGGCCUCGCCGGGGAGGAUGAGGAAUGUCUACGUCGUGCAUGCAGAUGGAGGCGCAGGUGCAGACGUGACGAUCCAAUUACCAGGGCCAAAUCCCAACACCCACAUCAUCGAGCUCCCACCAAACUACCGUCGGACCCCCUCCCCACCCCGAUCAUCGCCUUCCCUCACGCCGCUUAUACCGGGGGGACAUGAUUUCUCACCGCCGCCGUUGAGAGGAGGCGGAGAGUUGGAGUUGGUUAGGUCGAGGGCGAGCGCGUUGAGUGGGUUGAGUGUACAGACGGGGACGGGGGAUAUGGGGGCGGAUGAGUUGAGGGCGAGGGCGGAGGCUGCUAUCGCUGAAAAAGAUCGGCCGCUUUGAUUGCGCCUUUUAUCACCUGUUAUUGUUCUUUUGACGUUGGUGUAUAGUUGUAUCGUACCAAAAAAGCCAAAAAUAUAUUGGAAUUUUGUACAGGCUGUGGCUUUCCUUUCCGCUCAUAAAUGCACUCGGAUGUCUUGCACCCAAUGCUAGGACAUACUGGGAUACGUGUUAAACCACUAUUAUGAUCAUCUGGGAGGUUGCAGAAGAUGCGCAAGCCAGAGGGGGGCAGGGAAGGAUAUCGUCAGCACUACAUCCUUCCGAUAAGGCCAGGCAUGAGUCCCACUCGAGACCCUCCUUUCAUAUCCUGGCGCUCCCAUCACGGAUACGCACGGCGAUCAGGAGACGGGAGAUCGGAGAUGUAUACCCCGCGGGCAAUUACGCUUUGGGGGUACAAGGGCAUGUAUGAGUAACCCGAUCUUCCUCAUAGCCGUAGCGCACAUAAUAGUGGCUGAAAGGUUGCCGACUUGUCGGCUUUGCUAGCUGCCAACCAUUCUGGACACGGCUUGUUUUCAAAGACGACAUCAAGGCAGAGAGGUCCGAAAAUUCGUAUAAUGAUAGCAUGCAUGUAUC